UUCGGGGGCGAUUCGUUUUCGCGGCUGACAACGCGGGGGGAAAUUCAGGGUUAAUUCCACUGAGUUCCCAAGCCGGGGAGAGAGAAGCAGGAAGUGAUCUGAAAUGAGGACGCAAUAACCUAGGGACCUUCCUGUGCCAGCCCCCCUGGGCUCGCCUCGGAGUCACUCCCUGCAGCCUGUGUGGACAGGGGCUGAAUCCCCGUCUGCAGCCCCAGGGCCCCGGAGGGAAUCGCCCUGGCCGGAGCGAUUUGCACCGGCUGUCUGGUCCGCAUGAAGAGGGGAGUGAUGGAGGGCAGGAUCUCCUGCCCUGGCUCCUUAUGCCCAGCUUCCAGGUGGCGGUGACGUUCAAGGAGGUGGCCGUGUGCUUCCGCAAGGAAGAGUGGGGUGACCUGGACGAAGGGCAGAGGCAGCUCUACGUGGCAACUUCCACGAGCAUUAUGAGACUCUGACUUCUCUGGGAUUCCCUGUCCCUGACCUGGCCAUGACCUCCUGGAUGGAGGGAGGGGAAGAGCCGAGGGUCCCGGAUCUCCAGGGCGCGGAGGAAAAGGAGAUCCCGAGAGGUGCCCGCACAGCAGGUGCCGGGACGGUGAGUGAAAACGAAGAGGAGAAUCACCAGCGGGAAGGGCUUAUGGGAGCGAAGCCACAUGGGAUGUCCCAGAGCCUCGAGCAGGGAGAGGCUGUUGAGAGCCAGGGUGGGGCGGAGCUGGGACAGGGGAAGGCCCAGGCUAACUCCGCACCCCAGGCACGGCACAGGCGGGUGGGCCGUGUCAUCUGUGGCGACUGCGGGAAGACCUUUGUGAAGAACUAUGACCUCUUCAAGCACCAGCGGGUCCACACAGGAGAGAAACCUUACAGCUGUCCUGACUGCGGGAGGAGCUUCGCCUUCCACUCCACCCUCAGCAAACACCAGCACAUCCACACCGGCGCCAGGCCCUUCCAGUGCGCCGAGUGUGGGAAGAGCUUCCGGCAGAAAGGCCACCUGACCCGGCACGGCCGCGUCCACGCUGGGUUAAAGCCCUAUGUCUGCGCCCACUGCGGGGCAGCCUACAGCAGCCGCGCCAACCUGCUGCGGCACCAGAGCGGCCACACGGGGGAGCUGCCCUACAAGUGCACGGAGUGCGGCCGGCGCUUUGGGGAGAUCGCCGCCCUGGUGGCACAUCUGGUGGCGCACUCCGGGGAGCGGGCCCACAAGUGCCCCGAGUGCGGGAAGAGCUUCCGGCGCGGCUCGUCGCUGACGGAGCACCGGCGGGUGCACACCGGGGAGAAGCCCCACGUCUGCCCCCAGUGCGGGGAGAGCUUCAUGCGCCGCGCCACCUUCAACGACCACGUGCGCGGCCACUCGGGGGAGCGGCCCAAUGUCUGCGACGUCUGCGGGAAGAGCUUCACCAAGCGGCACUCGCUGCUGCAGCACCAGCGGUCCCACACCGGAGAGAAGCCUCACCAGUGCCCCGACUGCCCCAAGAGCUUCAUCGCCAGCUCCGCUCUGGUGCAGCACCGCCGGAUCCACACCGGCGAGACGCCCUACCGCUGCGAGGAGUGCGGGCGCAGUUUCAGCCAGCGCUCGGUGCUGACCACGCACCGGCGGCUGCACACUGGCGAGCGGCCCUACAAGUGCGGCCAGUGUGGCAAAGGCUUCAGCCAGAGCUCGGCGCUGACCCAGCACCGCCGCACUCACACGGGGGAGUCGCCUUAUGGCUGUGCCCAGUGUGGGCGGAACUUCAGUGGCAUGUCGGCCCUCAAGCGGCACCACCGGACCCACACCGGCGAACGGCCCUUCCGCUGUGGCCAGUGCGGGAAGGGCUUCAAGCAGAGCUCCACGCUGGUCCAGCACACCAGGAUCCACACGCAGGAGAGGCCCUUCUCCUGCACCCAUUGCGGCAAGAGCUUCAGCCAGCGGUCAGCUCUCGCCAAGCACCAGCGGACUCAUGCCAAGGAGAGCGGCGGCUCCCACGAGGCCGUGGGGACGCGGUUCUACAAAGACCCCUUCGUUCAGCCGGGGGAGGGCGGCACCGAGCCCGAGGAGGUGGUGGUGGUGCUCCCGCCGGGGACGUGGGAUUGUGAGAUGCCCCCCCGGGUGAAGGAGGAGCCGGAGGCACCCCUGCAGGUGAAGGAGGAACCGGAGCUGCCUCAGCAUAUUCAUGAUGAGCCCUAUCGGGUUAAACAGGAGCAGCCGGAGCUGCCACAGGAAAUUAAAGAGGAGCCAGCGCCGCCCCUGCAGAUUAAAGAGGAGCCUGCUCUGCUCGAGUCCUGCUUGCAGUUCGGUCAAGCUGGGCAGGAAGUGGUCUCAGACAAGAUGGAUUCCCCGAGCCUCCAGCUGGUGCCACUGAAAGAUCACCUUCCACCCCAGAUAUUCAAGGAGGAGAGCGACGACGAUCAGGAGUCCGUGUCAUCGACCCCCAUGGUCGCCUUCCAGGCGCCGGUGGGGUUCGAGGAGGUGGCCGUGUAUUUCUCCCGGGAGGAGUGGGGGCUCCUGGACGAAGGGCAGAGGCAGCUCUACAGGGACGUCAUGCAGGAGAAUUACCAGACUCUGAUCUCGCUGGGACUCCCUGUCCCAGACUCGGCCGCGAUCUCCUGGAUGGAGCGAGGGGAAGAACCGAGGGUCCUGGAUCUCCAGGGCUCCGAGGAAAGGGAGCUCAUGAGAGGCGCCGGCGCAGGUGCCGGGAGGGAAAACCCCCGACAGGAAGGGCCUGCAGGGGUAGAGCUGCACAGGACGUCCCAGAGCCUAGAGCGGGGAGAGGCAUCCGGUGACAUGGGAUGGCAGCAGGGGAAGCCAUCUCAGCAGGAAAGACCCAAGACCGGUGGUCACCUGCGGGGAAGAGAGGGGCCCAUCAUCUGCGGGGAUUGUGGGAAAAGCUUUGGGAAGAGCUCGGAGUUUGUCAAACACCAGCGCACCCACACGGGCGAGAGGCCCUACCAGUGCCUUGACUGUAAGAGGAGCUUUGCCAUCCGCUCCAACCUCCUCCGCCACCAGCGCAUCCACACCGGCGCCAGGCCUUACCCAUGUGCCGAGUGCGGGAAGAGCUUCCGCCACAAGGAGCACCUGACCCGCCACAGCCACGUCCACGCCGGGUUGAAGCCCUACGUCUGCGCUCACUGCGGGGCAGCCUACAGCAGUCGCACCAACCUGCUGCGGCACCAGAGCGGCCACACAGGGGAGCUGCCAUACAAGUGCACAGAGUGCGGCCGGCGCUUCAGGGAGAUCGCCGCCCUGGUGGCGCAUCUGGUGGUGCACUCCGGGGAGCGGGCCCACAAGUGCCCCGAGUGCGGGAAGAGCUUCCGGCGCGGCUCGUCGCUGACAGAGCACCGGCGGGUGCACACCGGGGAGAAGCCCCACGUCUGCUCCCAGUGCGGGAAGGGGUUCAUGCGGCGCUCCAUCCUCAAUGGGCACUGGCGCACCCACACUGGCGAGCGGCCCAAUGCCUGCGGGGAGUGCGGCAAAGGGUUCACCCAGCGGUCGUCCCUGCUGCAACACCAGCGCACCCACCGGGGCGAAAGACCCUACCCGUGUCCCCAGUGUGGGAAGAGCUUCAGCCAGAGAUCGGCGCUGACCACCCACCGGCGGCUGCACACCGGGGAGCGGCCCUUCCACUGUGCCCAGUGCGGGAAGAGCUUCAACCAGAGCUCGGCGCUGAUCCAGCACCACCGCACCCACACCGGCGAGACCCCGCACCGCUGUGGGGACUGUGGGAAGGGCUUCGGGGACCGCUCGGCCCUCAAGCGGCACCGGCGCACCCACACGGGCGAGCGGCCCUACUGCUGCACCCAGUGCAACAAGAGCUUCAAGCAGAGCUCGGCGCUGACGCAGCACAUUCGCAUCCACACCGGGGAGCGGCCCUACGUCUGCCCCCUCUGCGGGAGGGGAUUCUCUCAGGGCUCGGCUCUGGCGCAGCACCAGAGGACUCAUGCCAAGGAGAGGGGCCCAUCGGACGUGCCUACUGCCAGCCGCCUGUACAGGGAUCCCUUCAUCCGACCAGGCGAUGUGGAGGAGGGGCAGCAGGGCUGCCCCUGGGGACACGGUGCACCCAGCCAGGCUGAAAGAGAAGCUGCAGUGAUAGAAUCAUAGAAAUGUAGGACUCGAAGAGACCUCACGAGGUCAUCAAUUCCAGGCUCCUGCGCUGAGACAGGGCCAGGUAACCCUAUCCCUGGCAGGUGUUUGUCCCACCUGUUCUUAAAAACCUCCAGUGACGGGGAUUCCACAACCUCUCUCGGGAGCCUAUUGCAGAGCUUAACUACCCUUAAAAUUAGAAAGUUUUUCCUAAUAUCUAACCUAACUCUCCCUUGCUGCAGAUCAAGCCCAUUACUCUUUGUCCUUCCUUCAGUGGACAGGGAGAACAAAUGAUCUUCAUCCUCUUUAUAACAACCCUUAACAUAUUUAAAGGCUGUUAUCAGGUCCCCUCUUAGUCUUCUUUUCUCUAGACUUAACAUGCCCAGUUUCUUAAGAGUUCUUCUAGGUCAGGUUUCCAAAACCUUAUAUCAUUUUUGUUGCUGUUCUCUAAACUCUCUAUAAUUUAUUCACAUCUUUCUGUGGAGUCCAGGAUUUGACACGGUUCUCCAGCUAAGGCCUCACUAGUGCCGAAUGGAACAGGACAAUUAUCUCCUGGGUCUUAUGUAAGUCACUCCUGUGAAUCCACCCCAGAAUGAUACUAACCAACCAUUUUUGGUUAUCUUUAUUGGUUAGCACUCAUCUUUAUUGAAUUUUAUUGAUGCAGGUGGGCAGGGUGAAGGGCUAGAGGCUGCAUUUGGGCAUCAUGGGGAACAGGAGGACGCAUUUUGAGUCAUUUCUACCAGGAAUCCCGUCCUUGCUGGGGGCAUGUCCCCCUCCCAUACCCCUCUCCCAGCAAGGAUCAUUAACCCCCACAGGCUCAGCCUGUCCCGUAAGGUCUGUGCCCAUCCCAUGGGGGCCCCGUCCUUCACUCUCCUGGAUCUCCCCAGAUCUAAUCAUCCUCUGCUCCUUCCCCUCUCCUGGGGCCAAAGUCAGGGGUUCGCAGACUGAUCCAAAGCCCAUUGAAGUCAGUGGGAAGACUCCCAUGGGCUUUAGGUCAGCUCAUUAAUUUCUCUGAGUCAUAAUUCAGAUUAUGAGCUCUUUGGGACAGGGACUGUCUCUCACUGUGUGUCUGUGCAGCGCCUGGCGCAAUUCAUUUAUUUAUAGAUUCAUUGAUUCCAGUGCCAGAAAGGACCACUGUGAUAAUCUAGUCUGGCCUCCCAUA